ACUACAGUCAUUUCUGGUCUUUUGCUCUGUCUGCUGAGAUCCUGCGUCUUAACGCGGGAUUGUUCCUUUAAGAAAACUGUGAAUGGUCCAUGAAUUUGAGCCUCGUCGCGCUGACGUAAGGGAAUUGGAGAGGUUGGUGUGCCUUGCAGGAAGAGGCAGAUACCAGUGAUGAGGACCAGGCAAAGGUACCAGAUUUUUUGCCGAGAUUUUAACCCCCACUUGUUGUGUUUUUUUAACGUCUACAUAUUUACCCAGCCAAUUUCUGAACUCGUUUAAAGUCCGUGACAGUAUAACGGUGCGCAUUCCCCUCCCUUUUCUGCACAUCGAGGAUUUUUUUUUUUUUUAAUUUUAGAUUGCCUCAUUUUUUUUCUUCAGCCAUAAAAAGAAUGGAUCGUGACGUGUUAGAAAAAAUGGAUCAUUACCAGGAGGAGCAGUCGGUAAAUCCUAUUACCGCGCAGCACGGGACAGCGACCAACAGCGACUCCAACUUGGGCAGCGGCCUGACUGACCUCCAGCCACCUGCUUACUUCAAACUGGAGUUCAGGAGAAACGCGGUGACCGAUGACUACAAAAUAACAUCUCAGGUCCUUGGCCUGGGAAUCAAUGGCAAAGUACUGGAGUGUUACUGCAAGAAAACAGGAGAGAAAUGUGCGCUCAAGAUUCUCUACGACACUCCCAAAGCCCGACGGGAGGUCGAGCUGCACUGGCGAGCGUCCGGAGGUCCCCACAUCGUACGGAUACUCAGCCUCUAUGAGAACAUGCACCAUGGGAAGAAAUGUCUCCUCAUUGUUAUGGAAUGCAUGGAGGGAGGGGAACUGUUCAGUCGCAUUCAGGCCAGAGGGGACCAGGCUUUCACAGAGAGAGAGGUGUCGGAGAUCAUGCAUGACAUUGGCAUGGCCAUAGAAUACCUCCACCACAUGGACAUUGCUCACAGAGAUGUAAAGCCUGAAAACUUGCUCUACACAACUAAAGAGAGCAACGCUACUCUAAAGCUGACUGACUUUGGCUUUGCUAAGGAGAUGACGCUGCACAACUCCCUGCAAACUCCGUGUUACACUCCGUAUUAUGUUGCGCCAGAAGUGCUUGGGCCAGAGAAAUACGACAAAUCAUGUGACAUGUGGUCUUUGGGUGUAAUCAUGUACAUCCUACUCUGUGGGUUUCCUCCAUUCUACUCAAACACAAGCCAGGCCAUCUCUCCAGGCAUGAAACAGAGGAUCAGGUUGGGCCAAUAUGAGUUUCCGAACCCAGAGUGGGCAGACGUUUCUGAGGAAGCCAAACAGCUCAUCAUUCAGUUACUGAAGACAGACCCCAGCGAGAGGAUGACGAUUGGACAGUUCAUGAACCAUCCUUGGAUUAGUCAAUCCAUGGUGGUCCCUCAAACACCUUUGUACACCUCUCAGGUUUUGACAGAGGACAAGGAACUAUGGGAAGAUGUAAAGGAGGAAAUGACCAGUGCCCUGGCCACGAUGCGCGUCGACUACGACCAGGUGAAGAUCAAAGACUUGGAUACAUCCAACAACCCUCUGCUGAAGAGACGCAAGAGGCCCGUUCCUCCGGGAGCUGACGGCGUAGAGGAAGCUGACAGAGGGGAUGGAGAUGGAUCAGGAGUGUGUAACAGUCAGAGAGAAGUAUUGUUUUCUGAAGAACAUGGUAACAUGAUCACGGAAGAAAAGUAGCAUUAAAACCAGAGUAGCAACAUUUUCCAUCCACAUAUCAAUUGUUGUAUUUUACUCGUUCUUUGUGUUCCUGCACUCACUUUAAAGAAUCCCAUUUAUUUUUAACUCUUACUACUUAAAGUGAAAUAAAAUGUUGUUUUUUAUCUUUUA